CGCGAUCUCUAACUCGUUAUCUUAUCUCCAAGUAUCCAAUACGGUAAAACCAUCGUCACCACCAACUGAACUACUCGCUUCCCGCCACGCAACCGCCAUUUUCUUCCCUCUCCUCAGCGGUCGGACGACACGAUUAUAGAUAAUUAAAGACUGCAAAUUAUAUAAAAAUGGCCUUUUCAGCUUUUCUAUCUCCUAACAUUCCCUUCCACAGUAACCGUAGUAUACUCUCUCUAAAAAGUACCAAACCAAUCAAAACGACAUUACUACCACUGGCAGCCAUUCCCCCUCUAUCCACUGCCACCGCCACAUCCAUCCCAGACCUUUCCACUCUUGCAGUUAUAAGCGGCGGCUCCAUCGCUGCACUGGCAGCUGUUCUUUCCCUCACGGAUCCCGAGCGCCGGCGCCGACUCCAGGCCGAGGAAGUCGGUGGCGGAGAUAAAGAAGUCGUGAGAGAGUACUUCAAUAAUUCAGGUUUCCAAAGAUGGAAGAAGAUUUACGGUGAAACUGAUGAUGUGAACAGAGUUCAGCUUGAUAUUCGACUGGGUCACUCCAACACCGUUGAAAAUGCGAUGAAGAUGUUGAGUGAUGAAGGUUCGUUAAAGGGAGUAACUGUUUGUGAUGCCGGCUGUGGGACCGGCAGUCUGGCGAUUCCGUUGGCCAAAGAAGGGGCAAUUGUUUCAGCCAGCGAUAUUUCGGCGGCCAUGGUUGCUGAAGCGAAGAAACAGGCAGAAGAGCAACUAUCAGCAGAGAAUGAAGGGGAAACAUCAGUGAUGCCCAAAUUUGAAGUGAAGGAUCUGGAGAGUUUAGAUGGAAAGUAUGACACGGUAGUCUGCUUAGAUGUGUUGAUACAUUAUCCCCAGAAUAAGGCAGAUGGGAUGAUUGCCCACCUUGCUUCGUUGGCUGAAAGGCGCCUUAUUCUAAGCUUUGCACCAAAGACAUUUUACUAUGAUUUGUUAAAGAGGGUGGGAGAGUUGUUUCCUGGACCCUCAAAGGCAACGAGAGCAUAUCUCCAUGCUGAGGCAGACGUGGAGAAGGCACUGCAAAAGGUUGGGUGGAAAAUAAGUAAGAGAGGCCUAAUUACUACACAGUUCUACUUUGCAAGGCUAGUUGAGGCUGUCCCUGCAUAAAGGGAAGGUUAGAUUCGGAAUUACCUCGUUCCACUUUUUCUGUUGCUAGAAAUGGUUGGGAAAUUGGUCCAGAAUUCUUGUGAAGCCCUAAUUUUUGUUGUAUCCCGUCAUUGUUUACACGUCUGCCUUUAUCUAUAAUGUAUGUUAGAAGUCCCUGUUGACCGAACUUUUGAGCCAAUUGGAAGAUUUUGCUUGUUCCUUA